CGUGUUCUUUCAUUUUUCUUUCAAACUUGUGAAAUUUGUUGAAAUAAUUACUGGAAAAUUACGACAACUCUCGUUCUCCUAUGGAAUAUUUAAAGAGCCCAGGUAUCCGUGUUCCAGGAGGUGGAGAUAAGGUUUUCAAAGAUGAAUGUGUGUACUGCUUCGACUCGCCGGAAAGUGAUGGAGGACUCUAUGUUUGUCUUUCUACAUUUCUUGGUUUUUGUGAGGAACAUGUUCAUCUUCAUAUCAGUAAGACCUCUCACAAGGUUUUCUUGCAUUUGAAGAAAGUUAAGAAGGUUCAGAUUGAAACAGAUAGCUCUACAGAUACUCCACCAAAGAAAAAACCUACAAGACUGGCAAUUGGCGUUGAAGGAGGAUUUGAUGUGGAAAAGACAAAGGUGGAAUAUGAUGAGUUCAAUUCAGUCUCAGUGUUGGGGACUGGGGGAGAUCCUCUUGUCAUUCCUCUUCCAAAUGUUGAGAUUCCACUCCAGCUUCAGUUAGCCAUAGCAGGAGUUCUUACUGCUGACUCAUCAGCAUAUAAAGACCAAGUUGCCUCUUGGGAUGGAGAAAAAAGAUUGAAAUCCAAGCAUGCUGAUAAUCUCUUACAACUGGACAAUGGUGUCAAAGUUCCACCAAGAGGCUGGAAGUGUUCAAAAUGUGAUUUAACAGAAAAUUUGUGGAUGAACUUAACUGAUGGUACAAUUUUGUGCGGCAGGAAAUAUUUUGAUGGAUCAGGGGGAAAUAAUCAUGCUGCUGAUUAUUACAAGGAAACAAAAUAUCCAUUAGCUGUUAAACUUGGAACCAUCACUCCUGAUGGAGCAGAUGUGUUUUCUUAUGAUGAGGAUGACAUGGUUGAGGAUCCUAAUCUAGCUCAGCAUCUUGCUCACUUUGGAAUUAACAUUACUCAGAUGGAAAAGACAGACAAGACAAUGGCAGAGUUGGAGAUUGACAUAAACAUGAGGAUAAGAGAGUGGGAUGUUAUACAGGAAUCAGGCAAGAAAUUGACUCCCUUAUGUGGCCCUGGCUACACUGGACUGAAGAAUUUAGGAAAUAGCUGUUACAUGAACUCUGUCCUUCAAGUUCUUUUUACACUUCCGGAGUUUAAACAAAGGUAUGGAGAUCAAUUUGCCACCAUCCUUUUCCAGGCCCCAUCGGAUCCUAGUGGAGACUUCAACACACAGAUGGCGAAGGUUGCUCAUGGAAUCCUUUCUGGGAAAUACGCCACAGCACCACAGGAACACCAGGAAAAAGCAGAGAAACAAACAGAUCAGGAACAAGAUGGUAUUGCACCGCAUAUGUUCAAAACUGUGAUUGGGCGUGGUCACCCCGAGUUCUCCACCAACAGGCAGCAAGACGCGCAAGAGUUCUUUAUGCAUUUACUUUCCGCUAUAGACAGAGCCGAGCGAUCCAACGCAGGGGCCAUCAACCCAGCAGACUCGUUUAGAUAUAAGGUGGAAGAACGGACACAGUGUAUGAAAUCAGGAAAAGUUCGGUAUAACAGCCGAGAGGAUACGUUGUUGUCAUUAUCAAUACCUAUGGAGGCUGUAUUGAAUAAAGAGAAAGUAGCGGCUUACGAGUUAAAACAGAAAGAAGCAGAAGAAAAGAAGGAGAGACUAGACCCAAAUGAAAUUGUUCGACCUAGGAUAGCAAUGUCAGCGUGUAUUGAAGCUUUUGCUGCUCCUGAGAUUGUAGAUGAUUUUUACAGCACCGCAAUUAAAGCAAAAAGCGUUGCGCAAAAAACAACUAGAUUCGCCACGUUUCCUAAUUACCUAAUGGUGCAGAUGAAGAAGUUUACUCUGGCUGAUGACUGGACUCCAAAGAAAUUAGAUGUUUCUGUAGAUAUUUUAGAUGAACUAGACCUGACUCAUCUAAGAGCUACUGGUCUUCAGUCGAACGAAGAAGAACUCCCAGAAGGCGAACAGGCUCCUGCAGCUCCUCAGAUCCAAAUCGAUGAUAGUGUCGUUGCUCAGCUUGUUUCUAUGGGCUUCCACAAAGAAGGUUGUCGGAAGGCUGUCUAUCACACAAAGAACCAAGGUGUAGAACCUGCCAUGAACUGGGUUUUAGAACAUAUGGGUGACCCAGAUUUCACCUCACCACUAGUGCUUCCUGGUAGUCAAGGAUCAAAAGCUGCUGAUGAAGAAUCAUUGGCGAUUAUUACUUCUAUGGGUUUUACUGAGGCACAAGCUAUCAAGGCUUUAAAAGCCACAGACAACAACUUAGAGCGUGCAGCGGAUUGGAUAUUUAGUCAUGCGCAUGAGCUCGACUCUAUGGAAGGAGAAAGUUCUGCUAACCAGGAGACUGGACCCCAGUAUAAUGAUGGACCAGGAAAAUACCGCCUGAUUGCCUUUAUCAGUCACAUGGGUACAUCAACGAUGUGUGGUCAUUAUGUUUGUCACGUGCUUAAGGACGGAAGGUGGGUGAUUUUCAAUGAUCGUAAAGUAGCCCUCUCAGAGAAACCGCCAAAGGAUCUUGGGUAUUUGUAUUUGUACCAACGAGUACAAAGUUAACUCAAUCGUGCGCAGUUUUGUGUUUUUCUGCGCUUCUAAAGUUCUUCAGUGAAGUUUUGCGCCGAGUCAGAACAGAGACGGACGUAGGAAAAUCAUGUUUGCAGUGGAUUUGAAAAGUGAAAGAACACUGGCACGUUGACAGACGCCUUAAAAUGACGUGUUAGACAAAUUUUAAUUUGGAACUAAAAGAACCGUUACGCAUUAGGUUGUUAAUAAAUUUGCUCAUUGUGGAUAA